UUUUCAAAUAUUUUUCAUUUCUUUUUCAUCAAAAAUUUGAUUUAGUGAUUUAUGACAGGAAUAAAAAAUGGAAAUGUUGAUCAAUAAUUUCUCAUUACAACGAUCAUUAGCAUCAUCGAUACGAUUAUCAUUAAUGUUCAUAUCAACAAUGUUAAUCAUCAUUAUUUUACUAUUCACCGAAUUCGAUAAUGUUGAUGGACAAUUUUUUACAAAAACAUCAAAAUCAAUACCAAGAUUGGGUAGAAAAGUGGACAAUAGUUUAAUCAUGGAAUUAUUGGACGACAAUGACGUCGACGUCAACGAUGGCAAUGAUCUGAUUCUAUCAUCAUCAUCAUCAUCAUCAGCAACCUGGAACCAUCAAGAAGAUUCAUCACAACAACAACAACAACGAAAUCAAACCAAUCUAUUAUAUCGGCUAUUCAUGCAAAUGGCACGUUUAUUUCGUCAAUCACCUCAUCAAUGAUAUUGAAAAUUUUCUGGCCUAAUUUUUUUUCCCGAAAAAAAAAUUUGAAAAACAACAAAAAAAACAAAGAAAAAUUUAAAAUCAAGUCAUCCACAUACAUUCUCACUUCAUUAUUGAUUGCUCAAAUUUCAAGUCAGAAAAAAAAUUCCGUUUUCUAAUUUAUUUACCAAACCAUAAGAAAAAACAACAACAA